CAGUGUAACAGCGAUGCACAAAAUAAGGCCAUAAUUGACCAUAGAACUUCUGGGGUGAUUCCCAAUGCAAGGUCAGCAUGCACAUGCAAAGAUAGGUAUAGCACUAAGAGUGACAGAGUUGCAGUGCCGGAUAGUUAAAGCUCUGGUGUAACAAGGGAAGGACUGAAGUGGUGUCCCCAUUGUCUGCUUGGCCAUCUGUGAGAGUGUGUGAGAGAGAGAGUAAACAAAUUAAGCACGUACACUGCUUGUUGUGGACUACAAACGCUCAUUGUCGUGGCUAGUGAUGGCAACAGGAGGAGUCUCUCCAACUUGGAGCACACACAAUGACAAAUAUGAUUACUCGGCAUCAGGAAAGAGGGAAGCCUUACUAAUCACGUCCGACCCCACUACCCAAGAUGAUGACGUGGUACAGAGAAGGCCAGGGGGAGAGCUAAAAGAUGAUGAGAGACAGAAACUGGAGCAUCAAGGUGUACCAAGAGACUGUCACCAUGACGACCUGAGCAUUAUCAAGGUAAGAUAUGGCCUAGACAAGGAGAUGAGUAUUGCUGAGGUGUUGAGAGAUGAUGGAUCUCUGACAUGUGAGCAGGUCACUAAGAAGAUAACACAGCUACUGAACAACACUGACACAAGUGGAGUUAUCCUCUACUAUGUUGGCCCUGGCAAGAAGGGAACGGGAGACUGGUGCUUCAGUGAUGGCUUCAUCAGCUUCAGGGAUAUAAUGCACCUCUACCUACAGAAUGAAUACUUCAAAGGGCGUGUUCUGACCAUUGUCAGCGACUGCAGCUACUCUGGGUGUUGGGUGAAGGAGGCCAUGAGGUUCAUGGAUGACCAAAAAGUGGGACCUUGUGGACAUGCAGCUAAGGAGAAGGGGAUCCUGAUUAAAGUAGUAGCUUCAUGUCUGGCUAAGGAGAUUCCUGCUAAGCUGGCAUUCUCUACUCACUGUGUAUACAAUGAUAAGAACACUGGAACUGUAUCCUACCGUCCUGAUAAAGAGAUUCACGAUGGACAACACACAAGUGCACUAGACUUCACUACAGUUCGAUGCAAGAGCAAGAUCGACGAGCCGUGUAUAAUGGCUCCUGAAUCAACCUGGCAUCAGUGGAGCACUGCACAGAGAGUUAUGAUAGUUCCAGGUGAGGACAAAGGUCAACUAGUAUGGUACGUCUUGGUAGUGGAUGAUGAGGAAACUAUCAAGGAAUUCAAAGACAAGCUCAAGGAGGGAUUUGUUGAUGUUACUAAAUAUGGUCAGGUCUUGAAGAGUGGGCGGGGCCGAGAACCACCUGAAGAAACAAAGAAACAGUUCCAAAGGCAAUAUUGCGUGAACUAUAACUACCAACCACCAUCAUCUGAAGCUGCCGACUGACACAAAAGCUAUGUACUACAAACCACACAUAUAUUAAUAUGCACACAGACCAUAAUAGCGUUCAUUUUUCUUGUACCGGUAUGCACACACAAUACUUUUUUAGGAUUUGUAUAUGCUUGCCACAAUUUCAAUUUUAAUACUCAUUUUCAUUUUAAAUACAA